AUGGCCUCUGAGAGAUGCGAGGAUACACAAACCGGCGCACCUCAGGAGGUCAUCAACGAAUUCUGGGACAAUCUCAUCACGAAGCGACCCGAGAAGGUGACCAAGAUCUUCCCACCGAGUCUGUACGCGCAUCUACUGCCUACGCAGCGUAAAGAGGGGACCGUCACAGGAAAGAAUGCAGCUGAAUCCUAUGAAGCGGCCGCUGCGCAAUGUCGCGCUCGCGUUGCCCGUGUCGUCAAAGAAUGCCAUCGUACAAAUGAGAAAUUUACCGAUGCCGACUUUGACAUUGAAGAUUCGUCGUCAAAGAACUGUUUACAAGGCCUUAUGAGUUGGUUCAAAGAGGAGCCAGCAAAAUCAACAAAUCCACAAAUUAGCCCCGUGCGGCUGGGCAACGCUCUCUCCACGCUGGUCCAAAGUGGGGUAGUCAUGUCUGAUGGCGCGGUGUUCGAUUUUACAGCUACAGCCAAGCUCCUCACCAACAGGCCGAACAGCAGUAAAGAUGGUCCCAAUUCUGUGCAUCGCGUCGAUUGGAUCUUCGAAAACCCGCAAUUCGAACUCGAUGGCUUCUCCAGCUCUGACCUCAGACAAGGCUCAAAUGGCGACUGCUGGUUCAUUGCUGCUGUUGCGACUAUAUGCAGCAAUCCCGUUCUAAUGAACAAGAUCUGUGUUGCUAGAGACGAGGAGUGUGGCGUUUAUGGCUUCGUCUUCUAUAGAGAUGGCGAGUGGAUCUGGACAGUCAUUGACGACAACCUGUACCUCGAAUGCAGCGAUUUUGACACCGCUUUUGGUGAUCAGUAUGACCCGGCCAACGCCAAGGAGAAGAAAUACAAGAAGAACAACCAGACUGGAUCCGAAGCGCUUUAUUUCGCAUCUUGUGUUGACGAGAAUGAGACAUGGCUACCGCUGUUAGAGAAGGCUUACGCUAAAGUGCACGGAGACUAUGAUGCUAUUGCUGGUGGUUGCAGUGGCGAAGCGGUGGAAGACCUGACAGGAGGCGUCACAACGAAGAUUCUUACGGAUCGCGUCCUGAGUAAGAAACGACUGUGGGCAGAAUUGCUUCAAGCUGGCAAGGAAUUCCUCUUCUCAGCCUCCUCACCUGGCAUGGAUGGGGAUGACUCAGACGCUCGAAGGGGGCUUGCCCUGAGCCACGCUUAUUCAAUAUUGAAGGCAGUCGAUGCUGAGGAUGAGGACGGUACCAAAUAUCAACUUGUGUUGAUACGUAAUCCUUGGGGCAAACGAGUCCAUGCUGGCAUGGGCGAGUGGACUGGUCCCUGGUCUGACGGCUCUCGGGAAUGGACGGCGUAUUGGAUAGAUAAGUUGGGCCACAAAUUUGGAGACGAUGGCCUGUUCUGGAUGUCUUACGAAGAUCUGCUGAAAAGGUUUGAUCUUCUUGACCGCACGCGGCUCUUCAAUGAGGAUUGGACUGUAGUGCAGCGCUGGACGAGCGUACCGGUAGCAUGGGUUACCGGUUAUGUGAACACGAAGUUCUCGGUCGAGAUCAAGACAUCAGGGCCGACCGUCUUCGUGUUAUGUCAGCUGGAUGAGCGCUACUUCAAGGGUCUAGAAGGCAAGUACGACUUCGACUUGCACUUCAUAUUGCAAGAGCAGGGUUCUGCAGCAGGCGACUACAUUAUACGUGCUCGGGGUGCUUGGUUCGGCAAUCGUAGCAUUUCCGCCGAAGUUGACCUUGAAGCCGGAGUAUACGAAGUCUUGCCAAAGAUCGAAGCAUCGAGAAACAAAGAUGCUCCAGACGUUCCGGAGGUUGUCACUAAGCUGGCGGAACGCAAUCCGCAGAAGCUCAGGCAGAUUGGUCUCAACUACGAUAUCGCAAAUGCCAAAGGUAUCUUCGAGCUAUCCGAGGAAGAGCAGAAGAAGAAGGAACAGAGAAAGAAAGAGGCGGCUGAGAAGAAGAUGAAGAAAAAGGAGGCGAAAGAGAAAGAGAAGGCAGAAUUCGAAGCUUGGAGAAAGGAAAAGUCGGAAUUUGAAGCGUGGCAGAAGGAAAAGAAAGCCGAGUACGAGGCCUGGAAGAAAGAGAAGAACGAGCACGAGACAAAAGAAAACGCUGGGAAGGUGGGCAAGUCUGAGGAAGCAACGGAAGACAAAGAUUCGCCCCCGGAGCAAACUACUGCGACGGAUGCGCCUGAUAAUACUGGCCAUGACAUUGAUCCACCCACCUCAUCGGACACAGACGACAAGCCAAACGCCCCAGCCAACCUCACAAUCCAAAUAAAAGACACCCCAGACAAGACAGAGCCCGCACUCGAACCACACGACCCAAGCAACAACAGCGGCGGAGACCACACACCCACCUCCGAAACCUUCCCCAACGACCCCUACUUCAGUCCAUCCCAAUCCCCGCGACCCCACAGCCCCAACCAACAAUUCCCACCCCCACAACGCUUCCACUCCCAACCACCGCCAGACUUCCGCAGAUAUCCCCAUCCCCGGGGGAACCAUGUUUACGGCGGAGCUCCACCUCCACAAGACGUUCCUCAAACGCAACAGCCCAAGCCGUGGAAUGCAGUCUGCGUGUUGGGUUUGAGGGUGUAUAGUCAGGAUCCUGAAGUCAGCAUCAAGUUGGUGAAGCCGAAGGAUGAUGAGGAAUGUGCGAUUUUGGAUGUUGAUGGGGAGACGGCGGCGGGGGCGACGAUGUGA